CAAGCUAUAAUGAGACCAUGGAGUAACAGUAUCUUAUUCUAUGAAUUCGAAGUUUUAUUACUCUAUAAUUCCAUCUAUUUAGUUUCAUUAGAGCACUAGAAAUGCACUUUUAAAAUGCCUUUGUUUUACUACUCAAUGAUCAAAAACGUUGAUAAGCUUUACGUAUAAGAAACUAGAAACGUUAUACGGUAUUCUUACGUUUCCUUCGAGUUCGUCAUCACCUUUGCUUAUGUAGACAAUGAUAAUGAAAAUUUGAAGAUUAUCAUUAUUCAUAUACAUAUACAUAAUAUCAUAUAUGGUAACUAUUUUUUCUCAUCCUGUUUCUCGUAUUGCGUCUUUGUAUCGUUUGCUUACUUCAAUAAUGUCUGAAACAAACAUGGAUCAGGAAUUGAUGCUCUUGGAAAGAGUAUUUUUUCGUAUUGGUUCAGCCGAUACAGAUACUCAGCUCUCUUCUUGCAUCAACAACUUUUUAGUACCAGUAUUACAAAAACUAUCUUCACCACAUGAAUCCGUCAGGAAUAAAGUUUUUGAAUUAUUAACGCAUAUUACAAGAGUGGUAAAGCAAAGUCCAAGUAUUAUACUUCCUGUUGAUCAGUUGGUCAAACUUUUAUCAACAUCCACUAACAAUUUUGUCUUGAAUUUCACUAUAGUAUUUGUGAAAAUGAGUUUUGGCCGUAUAGAUAAUAAUAAAAAAAUUGAACUAAUUCCUCAACUUAUCAAUUCCGCGGCAAAAAAUGCUAUUGCUCAUCAAGAAAGCAUUCUGUUACUUAUAAUUGGAUCUCUCAAUAAAUCUAAUGUUCAAGUCGCUAGUACAGGAGUUGCAGUUAUUAAGGAUCAUUCAAAGUUGAAAACUGUUAUGUUGCAGUUAAUGUUAGACAUAUUACUACUGCCUUAUAAAUGGAAUGGAUCGGAUGAAGAUCCCUUAGCUGGAUUUAAUACUCAAUCAAUCAAGCGAUUGCGACUCAAUAUACCUUUAAUAUUCAUAGAUUCUGAUUACCAUGAACAAGUUAAAUUAGGUAUUUUGGGAUUGAUAGCAGCAAAUAUUUUUGAAUCUCAAUCUGUAUUGGUUCAUUCAAUUAUUGGUGCUGCUGAUACCCGAUAUUUGGUAGCUAAUUCUGGUGACAGUGAAUUAAGAAAGAUUACUUGUGAAAUUGAUUGGUCUAAAUCAUCUACUAUGAUGCCAUUAUAUUUACUAUUUUCUGGCACUACCGGUUUGAACAAACAAGAUACAAAUAAUAAAAAACAACCAGCUUGUGUACGGAUACGAUUAAAAAUAUUACCAAGUUUGUGUUUAAGUAGAGGCGAAGAAUCAAUCAUAUGGCCACAAUGUCUGCAUAUAAUUUUUGAUUGUUGGAAUGGGGAAAAUACUAAUCAAAGACUUAAAAACUUGGCCUUGCAAUUUGCUCAAGUUAUUAUACAACAAAAACCUGCUGAAGUUCUGCUUCCAGCCACUCAAGUUAUAUUAAAUUUUGGUUUGUUAAAAUUGUUAAAAUCACCUGAGUUGGAUUUGAAUGGAAAACAGAUGACAUAUACUUUAAUUGGCUUAUUAAUUUCUAAAGUCCCUACUGCAGUGAAAGAAGAUUUAGAGCUUUUGACUUCAUUUUUUGAUGCUUUAAUAAAAGAGCCUUCUUCAGAUUUAAAAGGAAGUAUUAGAUCAAGUUUAAUUUCUAUGUGUAAUGCAUAUAAAGAAUCUUCUAAACUGUCUAGUAUAUUGAAAAUGCUUGAACAUUAUUGUAAAAUGUCCGACAAUCUUGUAAAACAAGUAACUACUCACUAUUUGUCUUACUUAUUUCCCGCCGAUGAUGCUAGAUCAAGAUUAUUGUUGAUCCAGUCUCAUACAUCUUCAGUUGGUGAAACAAAUUUAAAAAAGAUAUUAUAUAAUGUGGAUGAAGUAGGUAAUCUUGUUGGUAAAAAUGAUAGUACAUUGCUUUUACCUCGGUUUCCCGAUAUGGUAAUGACUGUAGUGGAGAAUAGUAAUCAGUAUGACUCGUCAGCUUUAUUAGAGAUUGCUGAAUAUUUAAGCCAUUGCUUGACUUUAAGUGCUGGUCUACCAGUUACAUAUAACACUUUAUACCAUCCAUCAAAACAAACACCAGAUAUUUGUAAAUAUUUGUCAAAGGUUUAUCAGUCUGAUGCAAAUAUUAUUGAAAGUUAUGUGAAACUUAUGUUACAAUUGAUACAAAUCAAACCAAGUAUUAUUCCAUUAAAUAAUUUAUUAGUAUGUAUCGCAGCAUUACCAAUUGAAUUAAAAGACCUGUUCAUCAAGGAUUUGAAUACAAUUCAGAAAUUAUUUGUAUCAAGUAAUGAAGAUAUGCGUAAAUUAAGUGGAAUAUUAUAUGGUAUAAGUCUAUCAGCUUUGGAUGAAACAACAUUUGAUAAACAUAUUAAAGCAUUAAUAUCAUCAGUCACGGAUAAAAAUCGUAAUAAGUCAUUGGAAUUAUAUGCUUCUUUAUAUGCUUUAUCUUCUAUCCAUGAAUAUAGAUUUUUUAAUAGUAAAAAUGUUCCUCUAUUGAUUGAGCAAGAUACAUUUUCUUCUCUUGUAUUGUUACUUGAUGAUACAAGUCCAUUAAUAGUUGGUGCUGCUUGUGAUGUGAUUGGUGCAAUAGGAAGGCUAAAUCCUAUACCAAUUGAAGAAAGAAAUAAAGCAUUCCUAAUAAAAAAACUCUUAAGCAUUUCAUUCAAUAAUUCUACUCUUUCAAAGAUUAGAAAUAAAGGAAUCAAAUGCACAGGAUUGAUUUGUGUUGGAGAAACUUCAUCAAGAAGUAAAGAUAUUAUUGAAGCAUAUUUAGAAAAAACAAAACAUACUAAAGAUAUAGAGAUUCAUUUGUCGAUUGGUGAUAGUAUAUCUUGUGCUAUACUUGGUCCACUAUCAAAAAUGUCCCGUAACUUUUGGACACUUACCGAAGAAGAGUAUAAAAAAAAAAUAGUUGUUGAUAUUUCUAUUGAUGAAUGUGAUAAAUUAGCAGAUUAUUUUUUAAAUAAUAUAUUAGAAAAAGUUAAUUCUGAAGAUCAUCCAAAUUCAAAACAGGCAUGUUGUGUAUGGAUGUAUAAUGUAUUGAAUGAAUGUCAUACAUUAACAUCAGUUAACCAAAAACUUGCUCGAAUCCAAACUGCUUAUGUUGCACUUCUUACAGAAAAAAAUAACUACAUACGAGAUAUUGCAUCUAAGGCUUUGAUACAAGUAUAUGAAUAUGAAGCUGAAGAACGUAAAGAACAAAUCUUAAAACUGCUUAUAAAACAAUUAUCUGAAUAUAUGGCAGUUGGAAAUAGUGUUAAAGAUAGUUCUGGAGGAAUUUUGUCAACAUACAAAGAAUUGUGUUCAUUAGUAACUGAUCUAAAUAGGCCAAAAUUAAUAUACAAAUUUAUACAAUUAGCCAACUAUAAUAAAAAAAAGGAACCUCAAUCAAAGUUAGAUAUUGAUGAACAACUUAAUGAACAGUUACCAUUUAUUAUACCAAGACUUUAUCGUUAUCAACAUGAUCCAACACCAAUAGUACAGACUUCAAUGAGUGCUAUUUGGAGUUAUCUAGUGUUAGAUACACGCUUGACAGUUGAUAAGUAUUAUAAAGAAAUUUAUGUAGAUUUAGUGAAAAAUAUAACUUGUCCUGAUUGGCGGGUACGGAUUUCUGUUUGUCAAGCUCUUCCUUCAUUUUUGCAGUAUACAGGAGAUAAAAUAUUUACAAAAUGUUUAGAUCUGACAAUUGAAGCAUGGACACAACUCAUUAGAGUAAUGGAUGAUAUUCACGAAGGCACUAGAAAAGCCGCUACAUCUACAGCAAAAACAUUAUCAAAGUUAUGUGUAAAUGAAUGUACCACCAAUACCCAAUUGCUUCAACUACUUUUACCUAUCAUUUUGGACAAAGGUCUCUAUCACACAGAAUCAAGUAUCCGUGCAGUAAGUAUGGAUAUGAUAUCUCAAUUAAUCGUCAACUGUGGUGAACAAUUAAAAGGAGAUUUAGCUAAGUUAAUUAUUGCAUUAUUGAGAGGAGCUGAUAAAAUGGAAUCACCAGAUUUGGGUGCAUUAAGUGUUAUGUUUGGAGCUAAUCCUAACACUCAAGAAAUUAUAGACUCUCGCCGUGCUGCUGAAGCAAGAACUCUUAGUUCAAGUGAUGUUUUAUCUAAGAGUUUACUUUAUAUUGAUGAAUCAGUAAUACAUGAUUUGAUACCACUCUUACAAGAUCUUUUAACCACCAAUAUUGGAUUACCUAUCAAAGUGGCCACGUCACAUUUCAUUAGUUUGCUAAUCACUCAAAAACAUCAACAAUUAAAUUCUAAAUUUUUAGAUAAAAUUUUAAAACCUUUGAUGAAAGGCAUUACUGAUCGGAAUACUACAAUUCGAAAAAGCUACGCUUCCACUAUAGCUGUAAUUACUACAAUAGCAAAAGAGAGUACUGUAAACAAGUUAAUUCUAUCAUUAAAAGAUGUGUACAUGGAAAAUGAAGAUGAAAGUAUCAGACAAACUGUUGGAUAUUCUCUAAAAGGAAUAAGUCAAUGUGAAAAGCCAGAUUUAUACUUGGGCAGUAUUAUACCAUUAAUAUUUUUUGCUACUCACUAUAAACAGCCUGAAAGUGACGAAGUAGUUGCAACAGAUAAAAGUCAUGAUAUAUGGAAAGAACUUUGGGAAGAUAAUGUACACAAUACUGAAGGUGUACUAUCACGUCAUUUAGAUUCUGUUUAUGAAUUUUUGGGUAUUGCAAUUAAAUCUUCGUCUUGGGCAAUGAAAGCUCAAGCAGCAAGAUCAAUUGGUGAUGCAGCUAAUAUACUUGGUCGGCAUUUAAAUGAAGAACAUCGUAACAGAUUUAUAGAGACAAUUAAAACUGGUUUAGCUGGCCGUACUUGGAGUGGAAAAGAAUUCUUACUUGAAGCCUUAUUACAAUUAAAUUUGAGUUCCAGCGAUUCUGCAGAAACAUGCAAAAAUGAAGAAAUUGUAGAGUUGGUUUUUAAUGAAUGUAAGAAGGAAAAUAUAAAUUACAGAAUGAUUGCUUUAAAAACUCUUGGUGAGCUUUUGGAAAAAUUGAAAAUUGAUCGUUUUACUCAAACUUAUCAAUUAGUUAUGCAUAUUAUACAAAAAAGCUCAGAGGAUUCAGAUGUUGAUAAUCAAUCACAAAAUUUAAAACUUAAAGAAUCUUUGUUCUCGUUAGUUGGGAAGGCAUGGCCUUAUACCUUAGCAACUCAAGUUGAAUUUGGAGAAACAGUUGUGGCCCAAUGUGCUGAUCACUUAAAAAACAAUACUAGACCAUUACAAUUAGCUAUUAUGGGUACGCUUUUGAAAGUGAUAGAGCGCUUGGGUUUUGCUCAAUUGCAUGCCAGUCACAAACAUGAGCUUAAGUACAUACUUAGUCAUGUGAGAAGAACUUUACACUUUUCUUUUGGUGUCCCUAAAAAUAUAAGCUUGAGAAAAUUAUCAUUGGAGGUUUAUUUAUUGGUGAUAACUAAUUUAAAAAAUUUAAGAGCUGUUGAAGAAUUGGAUUCAUUUAUGAAUUUAUACAAUGAGUUUUCAAUGAACUUUAUCGCAGAUGAAUCUCCGGAAGUUAAACUUCUUAUACAGAAAAUUAAAGAAUCUAUAGAGUAGUGGUAAUCUGUAGUGAAAAUCAAUAUGUACAUAAAAACCUUUUUUUUUUAUCUUUAAAAACCUUUGGACUAAUUGUUAUAUAUAUAUAUAUAUGUGU